AUGGGGUUCAACAUCGAGUUACCACACCCUAUCAUCCGCAAAGACUGGUCACAACAACUCGAUGAUGCGGUCUGGGCAUACAGAACUGCUUUCAAGACUCCGAUCGGCAUGACUCCAUUUCAGCUGAUAUACGGUAAAGCAUGUCAUCUGCCGGUCGAAUCGGAGCAUAAAUCAUUAUGGGCUAUCAAGACACUGAACUAUGACCUCAAGUACGCAUCAGAGAAGCGCGUCCUACAACUCCACCACCUCGAAGAAAUUCGUCUAGACGCCUACGAGAAUGCAAAAAUCUACAAGGAACGCACCAAGCGUUGGCACGACCGCCACAUCCUUCAUCGCUCCUUCCAGGUAAACGAUCGCGUCCUUGUAUUUAACUCUUGUCUGCGACUAUUUCCAGGCAAGCUGAAGUCUAGGUGGUCCGACCCGUUCACGAUCAAACAUGUCGCCGAUCAUGGUGCGAUCGAACUCUGGAAUUCUGAUGGUAAAUCAUUCAAAGUCAACGCCCAGCGGGUGAAGCUGUACAAUCCUGAGGAGCCAGCCACCGAGAGAGGUACUAUCCCCCUCUCCAUCCCUCACACUGCUUAA